AUGGCAAUCCGUGACCAAUUGACAGCUCUGCUGUCGUUCCUCCUCCUUCUGGUCGCCGGCAAUGCCUUCAUCAGCGGAGCUCGCGCCGAAGCUCAGGAUGAGACGAUUCUGAGUGAUGCUGUCGCUCGCGAGAACAACCAGAGCUUGUUAUGGGGUCCCUACCGUCCAAACUUGUACUUUGGCGUCCGGCCUCGCUUGCCCAAGAGCAUCAUGACGGGAUUGAUGUGGGCCAAGGUUGACAACUUUGUCGACGUUCAAAACAGUUUCCGAUACACUUGCGAGCAGAACGAAGGCAUGGCUGGCUAUGGCUGGGACGAGUACGACACCAGAAAGGGCGGCGUUCAGACAAUCCACGAUACCCAGAAUAAGAUUGAUAUUACGACUUCAUUUGUAAAGAUUCCUGGCGGUACUCAUGGCGGCAGCUGGGCUGCACGCAUCAAGGGCGAACCCAGAUCAGAUGCGCCCGACGACCUCAAGACAACCGUCGUCUUCUACGUGACUUCGGAGCCCCGCUGGGACGAGAUUCAGGUCACAGAUGACGGAGACGAGUUCGGCUUCGACGCGGAUGUGACCCUUACAGGAAGCUCAGAGGAUCUUGGUGAAUGGAAGAUGGUCAUCACAAAGGGCAAGGGUGACCACCCUCACAGCAACCACGCCAUCUCACAGCGGCGCGACUUGGAGAAGACAAUCGUUCAGUCAUUGGCAAUGCCCGAGGAACACCUUUGGCGAGCAAGGGAGGUCCUAUUCACGCAGCUUAAGCAGGGCGUGGACGGCAUUGUUGAGGAAUUUGGCGCAGACAAUGCACCUCCUCCGUGGCAGACCUACCAGCUUUCCAAUAAUGCCGGGAAGGGUAACGUGCAAAUGAUCCAGAAGGUGUUUGAGGGCCCGUUCGAAUUCGACGUUCUCUUCAGCAGCGGCUCUGCUGGCAAGGAUGUGACAAGCGACGACCUUACUCGCGAGAUCAAGUUGACCACGGAGUCUUUCAGCGAAAAGUUCCUCGAUGUCCUGGCGCCGCUGGAGCCCUUCAAUGCCCAAAAGUACCAGAAAUUUGGUCGUAGCUUGCUAUCCAACCUUGCUGGAGGCAUCGGAUACUUUUACGGCAACCAAGUCGUCGAUCGAUCCAACGCACCCGAGUAUGAGGAGGAGAAUGAGGGAUUCUGGGAGGAUACUGCAGAGGCUAGAGCUCGACACCAGGAGCAGGCCGAGGGACCUUUUGAACUCUUUAGUAGCAUUCCCUCUCGGCCUUUCUUUCCCCGAGGAUUCCUUUGGGACGAGGGUUUCCACCUCAUGCCCAUCAUUGAAUGGGACACGGACCUGGCCAUGGAAAUCGUCAAGAGCUGGUACAACCUGAUGGACGAAGAUGGUUGGAUUGCUCGUGAGCAGAUCCUGGGUGACGAGGCUCGCAGUAAGGUGCCUGCAGAGUUCCAGAUUCAGUACCCUCACUAUGCGAACCCGCCGACACUGUUCUUGAUCAUUGAGAACUUCCUCGAAAAGCUUCAGAAGGCCAAUGGAACUCAAGCAUCCAAGAGGGAGACCCUCUCCCGACAGGGCCUUCACCAUGACAGUGCCCUUCUCGCCAAUCCUUCUAUGGGCUUGAAGUAUCUGCAGGAUAUCUAUCCCCUACUGCGACGCCAGUUCUACUGGUUCAAGAAGACCCAGUUCGGCGAUAUCAAGUCUUACGAGCGAGAGGCCCACUCGUCGAGGGAGGCUUACAGAUGGCGCGGCAGAUCCGUCCAGCACAUCCUGACCAGCGGUCUCGACGACUAUCCCCGCCCUCAACCUCCGCACCCCGGUGAGCUUCAUCUCGAUCUCAUGUCAUGGGUCGGUCUCAUGGCGAAAACCUUGAACACCAUUGCCACUGCAAUUGGUGAAGAGGCAGAUGCCAAAGACUAUGCCACCGUUCUCGACAAUAUUGAGCACAACCUCGUAGACCUUCACUGGUCAGAGGAGGAGGGCUGCUUCUGCGAUGCCACCAUUGACGCAUUUGAGGAGAACCAGCUCGUCUGUCACAAGGGCUACAUCACCUUGUUCCCCUUCUUGACCGGACUGCUGAAGCAUGAUGACCCCAAGCUCGGCAACCUUCUCAAGCUCAUUGGUGACGAGGAAGAACUCUGGAGUCCCCAUGGUAUCCGUAGCUUGAGCAAGAAGAACGAGCUUUAUGGCACAGACGAGAACUACUGGCGCAGCCCGGUUUGGAUCAACAUCAACUACCUGGUCGUCGUCCAGCUCUACAAUGUUGCGCGCCAAGACGGCCCCUUCAAAGCCACGGCCGUUGAUCUCUACAGUCGCCUUCGUGGAGCACUCGUCGACACUGUAUACAACAGCUGGGAGGAGACUGGCUUCGCCUGGGAGCAGUACAACCCAGAGACGGGCCGCGGCCAGCGCACUCAGCACUUUACCGGAUGGACAAGUCUCAUUGUCAAGAUCAUGGCCAUGCCUGACCUGGCUGCCCCGGGACAUAGUCACGACGAGCUAUAA